AUGAAUCUGUCAUUUCAAACCGGCAAUCCCUCUAACUCACCUCCUCGAAUGAAGAAACAAGGACUCAAGUUUGUGGACGAAGAAGAUGUUCAUGGCAUUUUUAGACUCCGAAUGUCAGUGGAUGACAUUUGGUUUGACGGCGAGAACUUUGAAUCCUUUAUCGAUGACGGGGAAAAGAGCGUCGAGACGAUGGAAAAGCCAAACCGAUUAAAGGGUAAUAUAUCCUCAUCUCUGGGCUUGGAGUACCACCAAACCGAAGAGGGCUGUGAUCUCCGAGAAACCAAGAGGGACCAUUCGCGGGACAUGCUCUUGUGGGAACAAGACCAGCAACAAAACGAAGUCAGGUGGCCCUCCAUGCAACUCGCCGAAGCCUCGCUUCGGCGCGAGGCUUCAAGCGAUGCUGAGGUCCGUGCUUUCAAAUUGGCUACACAGGUAUCGGAUGAAACCUUAAAGGACUGCAGAAAAAGCGGUCUGUUGGAUCUAUUGGAAGACGGAUCCACUUCGUCGUUCGUGUCCCUGUCCGAUAUGGAAGGGGCUGAGCUUGACGCCUCCUCGCCACGGACCAUGCCAGUCCGCGUUCGUUUUGCGGAAGAGCCAGUGGUGCAUAAAGUUAUCCGACGUCGUAGCCAGAUAUCUCGUCAGUCGUUGGAAGGCAUUUGGUUUGGCGGCGAGGACUUUGAAGCCUUCGUUGACGAGGUCGACGAGUCCGUAAAGAAGAUAGAACAUGGGGAGCAAUUAAAGGAAACGGAAGAGACAUCUUUGGGGUUGGAGGCGCUGACAGAAGGGGCUGGUGACCGGCGCCACGAAAAUCAAGAAGACGCAUGGGAUACGGUAUUGGGUGAACAAGACGAUCAAUGGAAAGCAGGUAUAACAUCCCCCUUUGAAAUUUCCAGAGCUUACCGAAAGGUUUCAAGAGAGGCUGUUUUAAAUGCUAUUGAGCAAGCUAGAAAAGUAUCAGAUGAAGUUCAAGCUGACAAGAACUGCGCGGAUGAUGAAAUGUAUCUACUGAAGGCGCCAGUAGUCCAACAGUUUUCCUGA